AUGGUAUCAGAGCUCUGGUAUGGCAGUUAUGCCGUCGCGCUUACCGGCUCCAGUGAAUCCAGUCAAGGAGUUCAUCCGGCAUCUCCGAUCAACCAGAACGUGACACAAGGACCUUCCGAAGCUAAUCAACAGAGAAGUUAUGUUCCACAGAGGAACAUGGACGAUCUGGAAAAUCCGCUAUACCUCAACGUCAACGAGAAUCCAAAUGCUGUGUUGGUGAGUCCUCCGUUGUCUGGAAGCGCAAAUUAUGCUUCAUGGCAGAUCUCCAUGCAGGUGGCCAUAGAGGUAAAAAACAAAUGGGGAUUGAUUGACGGAACCCUAGCACCACCGAAGAGGUCUCAUCCGCAAUACGCUGCCUGGAGGAGGUGUAACCUGAUUGUGUGCUCCUGGAUCCUCAAGUCUGUCAUCUCUUCAAUCGCGCAGAGCGUUAUGCACAUGGACAGAGCCAAGGACAUCUGGAACGAUCUUAAGAGAUGUUUUUCUCAACAUGAUGCUCAUAGAAUCUCCUUCCUACAGAAUGACAUUUCUAACUUGAAGCAGGGACAUAUGAGCGUUAAUGACUAUUAUACGAAGUGCCGCACUCUCUGGGAAGAGAUGAACGCACUAAGACCACUCCCAAUUUGCAAAUGUGAUCCGCGGUGUUCUUGUGAUCUCCUAGACGAAAUCAGACGGGAUCGAGAAAUCGAUCAAAUUAUUAGAUUCCUCCAGGGGUUAAUUGAGGACUACAACACUUUGAAGUCCGGAGUGCUACUCUUAGAUCCUUUACCUGAUAUGCAUAAGGUUUUUGUGAUGUUUGAAAAGUUUGAAAGACAACUAACUAUCAAAAAUAUGUCUAUGACAAAUCCAGAAAUGAUGCAGGUCAAUGCUACUCAAAACGAACAAAACACCAGAGAAGAGAUGUAUGCUGCUAUGAAUUUCUCUAAUGGGAAAAGGAUGAUGAACUCACAAGGUGGUAACAAGAACAAUGCUAAGUGUACUUUCUGCGGUAUGACGGGGCAUACUAUUGAGAAAUGUUACAAGAAGCAUGGCUACCCACCGGGAUGGGUGCCAGGCUUCAAGUCUAGAAACAAACAACAGGUUGCAGCAGUUGGUACAAAUUCUAAAAACAACUCUAAUUCUGAGCAGAUUCGAAGUCUCAUAUCUCUUCUUCAAAGUAUGAUGAUGCAGAACCAACCAACUUCUACUGCAGCAGCAACCCUUGUUCCAAGAUUUAGUCCAGAAGCCCCAGGCAAUGAAGGCAAGUAUAUUAAACACUUGAAUGUUAAUUCUGUUGCAUUAAGUUCAUAUGCUUGGAUUAUUGACUCGGGUGCCACAGAUCACAUAGUGUGCUCUCUUGGUUUCUUUGAUAAAUACCACUCUGUGAAUGGAGCAAAGGUAAAUCUACCUAAUGAGAGUUAUGUUGCUGUUGAAUUGGCAGUGUAA